AAUAGAUUAAUAGCUUAUUAGCAAGUUUUUGCAAGCGAAAGAAAAAAAUUAAAUCGAUUUGUGGAAAUCAUUAAACAAAAAAAUAUACAGGUAGUGAGAAAAGUAGUCAGACCCCAUUUGCACCAAUUAAAACAAGGAACGUACGUAAGCCAAUUUGCAAUUACAUCUGAAAUGGAUGAAAUAAGAAAAGAGGUAUUUAUUACUGAAGCAAAGAAAGAAUCUGUGCAAAAAGUCACGGAGGAUGACAAAAAUAUUGCAAAUGACUUAAACACUAAAUGUGUAAAACCACCAUAUAGCUACAUAGCUCUUAUUACAAUGGCAGUCUUGCAUUCUCCUCAUAAGAAGCUCACCUUAAGUGGUAUAUGUGAAUUCAUCAUGGAGAAAUUUCCAUACUAUAAAGAUAGAUUCCCAUCAUGGCAAAACUCGAUACGACAUAAUUUAUCUUUAAACGAUUGCUUUGUGAAAGUUCCCAGAGAAUCAGGAAAUUCUGGAAAGGGACAUUACUGGGCAUUGGAUCCUGAAAGUUCAGACAUGUUCGACCAUGGAAGUUUUCUAAGAAGAAGAAAAAGGUUUAAACGAUCGCAUUUAUAUUCACAUAGUAUUUCUGACAACCCUUAUAAACAUGAUAUUACCCGACGAUAUGAUUGUGUGGAUUUAACUUCACACGGAAAACACCAAGAUUUAUACACAUCUCCAAACAUGUGUCAUGAAAAACAAGAGAUUAACUAUAAAGUCAAGGAGAGAGAAAAGAGAAACACAGACUUCUCAAUUAAUACCUUAAUUGGGGAUAAAAAUGAAAUUUGCAAAUCAGCAUUUAAAUUAUGCCAGUCAAAGGAAUUUAGAUAUAGCUCAACAAACAGAGCAAUAUCGGAUUUAAACGUUCCUCUGUUUGCACCUAUGCAUCUGCCCCAUUACACAUUAUUUAUUCCCAACCAAGAGCCUCGUUUUCAUGCUUCAAAACGAUACUGUUUUGGUUGUUACCACUGUUAUUAACUUUUGAAAAAACGAUCAAGGUGACACAACUCGACGCAAAUACUUACAGAAUUGAAUGAAAGUCUACAACAGAGAAAUUUAACGAAUACAUUCCAAUAUACAGAUUUAACGCUAUAAAAGUAGCUAUUAUUUUUGGAAAAUAACUUGCAUAAUUAUUUCCUCCUUUUAAUUAAAUUAGUUUUUUGUAAUUAUUAUAUAAUAUUGUAUCUAAUAAAUAAAAAUUGAGUCUAAUCACAAUCCGCAUUUUUUGUACAAAGAA